AUUCUGAUUGGUUGGUUGUAAGGGGCGCGCGGUUGCUAAGCAACGGCAACACCGCGCGCGUCACCGGCCGGCGUAGCCGGCACCAAACGUUCCCUGCCACUGUGGCGGAAAAUUGCGCAGAACAACGUUGGCUCUCGUCGGGUGCAAACGUGCUAGCGGUCUUGAUUAACGCGGUAGGGAUACAGAGAGAGAAAGAGAGAGAGAGAGAGAGAGGACUCAUUGAGGCAUUUUCCUUCUUUCUUGCUCCUGUCUAUUUUUUCAUCAAUUAUUAAUACAAAGGCAAAAGAACCCUUCGUGGUCGUUCUAUUGAAAAAGAAGAUACGCGCUUCUAGCGAGAAAAAGGAGCGAUAGAGCUACGUUUUUGAGUAAAGCGAAAGAAAACUAGAGGAAAGAUGGCAGAGGACAAGAACGAGACAAGCCCGAGCGCCGAGGGUGAAAAGCCACCUCAGGAAGCGACGCCGUCUAAGCAAGAGAAAGAAGAGCCAAAGGAAAGCAAAGAAGAAGAAAAGAAAGUCGAAGAGAAUGGCGACGGUGAUAAUAAACCGAAGGAGAACGGCGAGGAGAAAUCCACGCCAGAGCCGAAGGACAUGCGGGCUAUUGUACUGAAUGGUUUCGGCGGAUUGAAAAGUGUCAAGGCUUUGAGGAAGCCCGAGCCCACCCUCGCCGAGGGAGAAGUCCUCAUUCGAGUUAAAGCAUGCGGAUUGAAUUUCCAAGAUCUGAUGGCCAGACAGGGCGCUAUCGAUUCCCCACCAAAAACUCCUUUCAUUAUGGGAUCCGAGUGCGCAGGUGACAUCGAGCAAGUUGGCGAGGGCGUGGAGAACUUUAAAGUGGGCGAUCGAGUGGUCGCACUUCCUGAUCACAAGGCGUGGGCAGAGCUCGUCUCCGUGCCGGCCACCUCCGUUUUCGCGCUACCAGCCGGGAUGAGUUACCUCGAUGCAGCGGCAAUCACGAUGAACUACACUGUUGCUUACAUACUGCUGUUCGAACUGGCCAAUUUGACGCCUGGAAAGAGUCUCGUGCUUCACAGCGCCGGCGGUGGUGUGGGUCAAGCAGUGGUCCAGCUAGCCAAGACCGUGAAAGACGUGACCAUCUUUGGUGUGUGCAGUAAAUCAAAACACGAAGCCCUGAAAGCAGCUGGCACCAUCGACCACCUCUUGGAACGAGGCACAGACUAUAGCAACGAAGUCAGGAAGAUCUCCCCAGAGGGCGUAGACAUCGUUCUGGAUUGCCUCUGCGGCGAAGAAUGCAACAAGGGUUACGCUUUGUUGAAACCAAUGGGGAAAUAUAUCCUUUAUGGAUCAAGUAAUGUGGUCACCGGAGAGACUAAAAGCUUCUUCUCAGCAGCGCGAUCAUGGUGGCAAGUAGACAAGGUGUCCCCCAUCAAACUGUUUGACGAGAAUAAAACUCUGUCUGGGUUGAAUCUGCGCCACUUGAUGUAUCAACAUGGUAGCCACGCGUUCGUGCGACGAGCAGUAGAACGAGUGUUCGCCUUAUGGAACGAUGGUCAAAUAAAGCCUAUGGUAGAUUCUACGUGGGCUUUGGAGGACGUCCCGGAAGCCAUGCAGAAGAUGCAUGACCGUAAGAACAUUGGUAAGAUCGUGCUGGAUCCGAGUCUGGAGCCAAAACCGAAGCCAGCCACCCCAGCCAAAGGAAAGACGAAGGAUAAAAAGGCGGCCAGCCAAGAAAGCCAAGAGAAAAAAGCGACGAGCGUUGAAUCUGAGGAGGGGGAGAAGAAGAAAGAGCCUGAACUGACAAAUGGAACAUCCGAAGACAAAUCCGAUAGCGAUUCUAAAGAAAAAGAAUCGAGCUGAAUUAGCGGCGCUAGCUAAUUUUAAUAUACGUAUAUACAUAAAAAUACAUAUAUAUAUAAAAAAUGUAAAACACUGAUAUCUCCCGUGAAGAUCAAGAAUUUUGCAGAUAAGUACUCUAUUAUUCUUUACUAUCCAGAGAUCUACUACGUUUGUUGCGCUAUACGACGCUUGAUUAUUAUGUGACGAAUAUCCGUAAAGUAUCAUGCUAUGCAGAUGACGAAUUAAUUUGGAAAAAGAAAACAAAAAAAGCGAGACAACAAAAACAGAAACGAAAAUUAAGGAUUUCGAAAUAUUUAGUUUGUCAAAUUCAACCAAAAAAAAAAAAGAGAAAAGAAGGCUCGUUUCCCCAGAAUUCAUCUGCAUGCCUCUCUCCUCCCGUCUGUUUGCGCUGAAAGAAUUCUUCAGUGGAAUUCACGAGUGAAAGAGCGGGCGUGAAAAUACACGCAAAGGUUCAUUCAUGUAUGUGAACCAGAGGGAAACAAAAGUAAAAAAAAAAAAUACAACCAAAUAUAAGGAAACAAUAUCAAUCUUGACGUGGUCCACAGUAGUUUGCAGAAUAUAAGAAUUAUUAUUUUUAUUUUUUCAUACUGACCAAAACAUAAGAUUCAUUUUCAUAUAUGAUAGACUAAAUGAAUCUGGUAGAUGCUAGACUUAUUGGACGAUCUCUGAAUAAUUUCAUACUUCCUUUUUUAUUUUUUAUUUUUUAAACAUCAUAUUUCGUACUUAUCGAAUAUAAAAUGAAAUUAUACAUACGAUAAAAAAGACGGGUCGUCUAAUGAUUCUGCAUUGACCAGCAAAUUGCUACUUUUAUCUACUUACAUCGAGAGCUAUUACUGCUGCAAUACAUAUAUACAAUAUAGGUACAUAUUAUAUAUAUGCAGUGACAUUUUACACACUAAAAUAGUACCAUUUACUGUAAUUUAAAUAGAGUACGAUGGCAAUGAUAAUCUAAUCAGCUUUAUAAAGAAGGGAAGAAAAAUUUAUUAGAUGAAACCCUGAAUAUCAAAAGGCUGAAAGAAAACAAACGACUGUGUUACUUUUUACGUGUAUCUCCUUCUUAUCGAGAACGUGUCUUUUUUUUAUUAUUGAUUAUAUGUAACUUAAAGACCCCUUUAACAAUAGCCAGCCUAAACGAUAUAAUCGGAUAAUAAGCUUGUUGUACACUCUGUGUACCAGGAUUCGCUGUAUUAUUUUAGAUAAGUAAUUUUUUUUUAAUUUUCACCACUGAAAGUACUGAAUCGCCUAACUGCCUAAAAAAAAAAAAAAAGAAAAAAGAAAAUUAUUGGUGAAUAGCUCAAGAAAAGAAAAAAUUAAUAACUUCUGCAACGAUUCACCAACGAUAUGUUAUCUUUCUUUGUUGUCAUGAUUUUAAUGUUAGAGCUACGAUAUAAAAAAAAAGAAUAUAACGUAGUUUUCAAUAAACUUUUUAUAUAUGUAUAAACAAUGAAAUUUUGUUUUAAGCGAAUAAUUAUUUAAAUCGAUAUUUAGAGUUGAACGCUCUGUAAAAAUGUUUUUAAAUUUUUAUUGAAAUUAUCAAUUUCUUUUAUUUUGUAACGAGAUAUAUUCCAUUUUAAUUAUUCUUAGGGGAAUGAAUGACGGAGUGAAACUAAUACUUCAUUUUCUAUGCGUGAAUUCUGUGAGAAAUUGAGUAUCAAUAUAUUUUAAAUAGAAAAUUCACAAUCGAGAUCGAAUUUCUCUAGAUCUUUAAUUAUUGUAUAAUUUAAUGUAAGAGAUACACGAUAACUCGACCGAUCUGUCGAAUCAAAGACAAAUGAAUUUCCUAAUGGAUAUAAUGAUGAUGAUGAUGAAGAUCAUGACGAUGACAUGAAAAGAAGAUCUUUAAUAAUGUCAUGAGGUUGAUCUAAUUUAUCUAGAAUGAUGAAACAAACAAGAAAAGAAAUCUAAGAGCGAAAGGUACGUUAAACGAAAAGAAAAGAGAAGAAAAUGACUCUGAAAAAAACGAGUAGAUGCAGAGUGAAAUGCAUAUCUCUCCGAAACGGUUGGAACAAUUUUUACAUAGCAUCGAUUCUGUUAGAAUUUGAUACUAGCUCUGUAUACCGAUAUAUCUAUAUAUGAUAAAAAAAAAAGAUCACUAUUAACGAAAAAAAGUUGCGGACGAGGGCGAGCUAUACAUAUUAUAUAUAUAUAUAAAUAUAAAUAUAAAUAAAUGAAUAAAUAAUUAAUAAAGUAAGUCGAUAACAUUCUUCGAAUCUAUCGGUACGAAGAAGUGUAAGAAUUUAUAAGAAUUAUUAUUAUAUUAUUAUUAUUAUUAUUAAUUAUUAUUAUUAAUUAUUAUUAUUACUAUUACUACUAUUACUGCCGUAUCGAGUCUCAGUCCAAGAGUACACUGAAUACUGUAUCUCAAUUUCAAGGACAUAUACCAAUCUCCGCUCUAUUAACGAAAAGAAAAAAAGGGAAAAAGAUAGAAAUAAUAAUAAAAAAACGAAAAAAAAUGAUCGUAAAAAGAACGUGGCUGCAUAUUUUGAGACGUCUUUUGAACACGUAUAAUAAAUAUAUAUAUAUAUAUACAUGCUCUCUGAUAAAGUUCGACGUGUAACGUAAUUAUUCUCUAUACGAGAAAAACGAAUGAUAUAAAACUACAUACACACAUAACACACAUACACAGGUACCACACAAUUUUAUCAUACAUGCGUGACGAUACACAUCAUACUGUAUAUUUUAUGUAAGGCUUUAAAUGUUUCAUCAAAUAACUAUUAUAAUAUACCUAUAUAUUUGUAUCGAUCGUUUUCCCUAUCCUGGUCAUAAUUUAGGUCCGAAGUUGUAUCUGCGUCUGAAAGUAAUUUGUAAUUAAUGUCCGACGAUAUUUAACGAAGAUCCUUGAAAAUUUUUUUUUUAAACGAUCUUAUUCGUAGUUAGAACUUUACUAGCUAAUCUCUACACGGUUCUCACUAUGACGAUAUUCCUUGUUAAAACACGUAAACAACGCACCGUGUUUUGUAUUACUGUGCUGAUAAUACUAAGGAGGAGGGGAAAGUUAGUCUGUUUUCUCAUAAAGUAAUCCGUUACUGGGAUUUAAAUCAUAAGUAAGUAAGGAAAGAAAUAUGUAUUGGAUAAUCAUCGAAAUAGUAAUUUAUGGAAAAUAAUUCAUGGAAUUACGUCGUUAGAAGCCUCGAUAGUCGGGCCUUAAUUACAGGGACAUCCCCUCGGAUCUCUGCUUUUCAAUUUUAUUCAAAGUCGACGUUAUCUUGCACCGUUUGAUGUAUUUUGAACGCACGUAUCUCUGCGAACGCGUACGACUCUUUCUCAUGCGCUUUAAAAUCCAGAAAACUGGAUAGAGUUUCAGCGUUCGCCUCCGCCUUUGAGAAUCGAGUGGAUCGAGGAGAAUCGGCGUCGUGGAGAUCGGACGGUUCAUUUGUGAUGAAACUCGUGACGCAUUCAGCUCAGAAAUGUGUACUCGAAGCAAACCCUCGUCUCACUGACAUCUUUUCAACGGACAUUUACUAUGCCAAAAAUAUUUCAUUCGUUUAAACUAUUUUCUUUCGGAUAUAACGUUUACAAAUUGGCUUGUUAAUGAAUAGAUAGCGAAUGUUUGUACAGAUUCGCGUUUUUAUAUCUUAACUUAAGUGAAGAUUUGUUUCGUCCAUUAAAUGUUACAACUAAUGCUUCACAUUAGAUAUUUUAUAUGUUUUUACAUUACAUUAUGUACGUUUUCAUAUUUCUCUUAAAUUUCUCGUAAGAGUAUAAAUGUUCGCAGUCUAUUAAUGAAAUAUACAUUUUUUUGAAUUUUCAGUUUUAUAAAUAAUGAAGUUGCCGAUAGAGUGAUCAGAUGGAAAAUAUUUCAACGGCAUAAUGACACAUUUCUGCGCUCGUUGUUAGAUUACAAUUUUUCAGCUAUUGAUUCAAUGAAGGGUUCACCGAAAGUAGGACCAACAAAAUAUCAUUCCGUUGCCGCGGCGAAGAGAACGCGGUCCAUAUACAUUCUUUUCUCCCUUAACGUUCUUUCGUUUGUCGACACCUGCAUCGUGGGAGAAACAGGACCUACAGUUUUGCAACGUGAUACAUCAUAUAAUUAUAUGUAAAAUUGUAAAAUUCGUCUCAAGAGUUCGGGCGAAAUGGUCACGUGUUUUCCUUCUCUCCCGCUAGAUGCGGCCUUUCUUCGAUCCUUUUCGGUCCUACAAUUCGUUUCACGAAGGAAAACAGAAAUCAUUUUUCGCCCGUUCUCCAGAAGCUCGAUAUAUAGAUUGUAUUUUUGGCUUAUUAUUGUAAGACUGACUAUGUUGCUAUAUUAAAGAUUGCUUCGAAAAUAA